GUCGAGGAUCGUAAAUCAUGAACAGUCCGCUGCUCGGUGCGCAUCGCGGCAAACAGGGUGAAAACUGUCGGAAAACAGGGACUGUCGCGAGCGUCGGCGGCGCGACGACGUCGCCACCCCCGGAGCGAUAAUCUAUUCGACUCCGACUCGGUUGGACCGACCGACUUCCAACCGCGCGUAUCGGGACGGACCGGGAAAACGGGCGGCGAGUUCAGUGCGCGGGAAAAAGUGCUCGGGAAAGUCUGUCCCGAUUUUCUCCGAUGUCAGUUCGCCAAUCCGACAAUUCCAUGACCACGUAGUCCAACGCGGAAAACCGUCGCUGACCGCGAUCGCGACGAGCUCCCCCUCCGCGGGGAGGACAAGCAGUGGUGUCGUACCUGGGAUCUAGGUUGUUUGGUGUUGACAGUCGGUAGAUCAUCAUGUGCAGCAACGAAAGCCCGCCGCCGGCGAAGGAACCGCUAGCCGUUGGCCUGGGUAACCCGAUAACCGGCUUUCUCCCGGGCCUCGAGCAUUACCGGCUGCACCUGUACCAUUACGCGAUGGCGGAACGGUUGCGACUGGCGCAGCAGAUGCAGCAUCCCGGCGUGGCCCAUCCGCCCUCGGGGGCGCCGACGGCCCACCUAGGAAUCGGUCCGGGAUUCCCGGCGCCGCUGCCGCUGUACCCGGCGGCCGCCGCGGCAGCCGGCUACCCCGGCCGACUGGCGCUGUCCAUGGCGCUGCUGCAUCCGCAUCACCAACGGAUACCCGAGGAACCGAAACCUCAACACAGCUACAUCGGCCUGAUCGCCAUGGCGAUAUUGUCGUCGCCGGAGAAGAAGCUUGUGCUGUCCGACAUCUAUCAGCACAUCCUCGAGCACUAUCCUUACUUCCGCACGCGCGGGCCCGGCUGGCGCAACUCGAUCCGGCACAAUCUCUCGCUAAACGACUGCUUCGUCAAGUCCGGCAGAAGUGCCAACGGCAAGGGCCACUAUUGGGCGAUUCAUCCGGCGAACCUAGAGGAUUUCCGGCGCGGCGACUUUCGCCGGCGCAAGGCCCAGCGCAAGGUGCGCCGGCACAUGGGCCUGGCGGUGGACGAGGAGCCCGAUAGCCCCAGCCCGCCGCCCUUACCUGCCACUCCGCCGCCUCCGACGGCUCUCGGUCCCACGGUGACCUCGCAGCCGAUAUCCGCGUUGUGGGCACCGCAUCACCACCAUCAACAACAGCAGCAGCAACAGCAACAGAAUCCCUUCCAGAGCCAGUCCCUUCGACAGUCGUCCUUUCAGCCGAGGAAGCGACAGUUCGAUGUGGCGUCCCUCUUGGCGCCAGACGAUCAGCAACAUCAGAUCGAAGCGGACGUUCUGGGCCCGGCCAAGUCGCGCAGGUUUAGCUGCAGCGAGGACGAGCUGCACGACUUACCAGAGGCCGAUCAGGACGACGAGGACGUCGAUGUCGACGUGGUCGCCGACGCAAACGCCUUAUCGUCGCCAAGCACGCCGCCGUCGGGCAGUCCGGAUCUACCCAAGGUCGUGUCUCCAGCCGCUCAUUGGAAUCAUCAGAGUGUACAAAGCGGCGGCCAACAGCAGCAACAACAGCAGCAGCAACAGCAGCAGCUAUCAGCUGUACACCUUCACAAUCAUCUGCAUGUCAGGAAUUAUUAUAUCCCGGCUAACUCUGCCGGCGGGUCCAGCGUCUAAUGGAGGGCUCAGAAGAAGCCGGUCGGUUCGCACGACAGGUAGCCGUUCGUGUCUGUCGAGUGUCUACAAUCUUUCCUCUUUUUAUUUUUUACUGCGUGCUGUCGGAAACUUCUCGGAUAUUUCAGCAAUUUAUUCAAAUUGUGUCGCGUUGUUUUCAACAAGCAAAACUAUUUGCAGACAGAUUUUCUUUUAACAAAAAUAUUAAUAAACCUACCGAUAUCGUGUGUACAAAUGAGAGAGACUUUUUUUAACGAGAGAUGCAAUACAUUUCAGAAAGAAAAUGCAAAAUUAUAUAUUUUCAAGUUAAUACAAAUCGAGCUUUAAUAGAAUUCUAAUUGAGACUUAGUUGCGCGAAGACAUGCAAUAUCAAAAAGUGAAACGUUGCCGUAUAAAUAGGAUCGUACCAUUAAACAAAUAAAUAAGCAUAAGUAAAUUAAUAAAUGAGAUAGAUUUCCUUGGCUUUAAGUUGGUUAAAGAGUCUGCAUCAUUGCAAAAUGAUAAAAGUGAGAUACUUGGCACAUACGAAGAUUUGAGGAUGAUAGAGACUUAAGCAAUAAUGAUUGAAUUAUAGGAGAGAAACCACUUGCAUAGAUAUAAUGGGGAACUAUAUGUUACACUUUGUAUUAUUUUUAUAUUAUUAUAUAUAUGUUGUUAUAUGUACAUAUUUAUGUAAUUAUAUAUAUAUACCAUUUAUGUAUAUUAAUUAUCGAAAUCGCGGGCGCGUGUUACAAGUGUAUUUAGGUCCCAUAUCAUUCUCAACGCUCCGUAAUUUUUAAAAUAGAAUGUCUGAAGAACGUUUCACGUUGUCUCUUAAACAUUUAUAUUGUCCUCGCGAGUAUGAAUGUGGCACGCGUGAGGUAACCUCCGAAAUGGACGAGGCGUAAAAUUGUUGGGUAUCGCGUGUUAGCGUGACCACGCGAGAAACAGAUUAAUCUAUUGCCGAUUAAUGUUUCUGUACACCGAGAGAAAAAAUGUCGAAGUAUUGGGAAACAUUUCUUGUGACGUAUUCUUCAAUAUUUAUUUGUUAUAAAAAAAAUUCGUGGUGACGGAAUAUACAUUUCUACGAAAUACAUCUCAUUUCUUAGAAAUAAAAUUUUUAGAGUAAAAUAUAUAUUAUUUCUCAUAAAGAAAUUUGAAGUACUUUCUUUAAUAAGUGGCUCAUUUAAAUACGGCGAAAUAAAAGUUUUAUUUCUAGCAAAUAAAUCAUUUAUUUUGCGUAUUUAUUUUAUGUUGAGUGCAAUCUCUUUAAAUAAGAUAUAUAUUUUACAAAAAUAUAUUUCACAGAAUAUUUCAUAGAAAUGUAUAUUUUAUUUUCACAAAUAUAUUUUUUUAUAACAAAUAAAUGUCGAAGAAAAUAUCACAAUAAAUAAUUGGCCUUUAAUACUUUUUUUCUCUCAGUGAUUAACGUCAUGCGGAAACGGCGGAAGUUACAUUCUCGCGUGUUAUUCGUUGCGAUGCGUUCUUCGAUUGUUUUACGCUAUUAAUUGAAAUUUUUGCAUCUUUGUCGGAAACCUCGUAACGGGAAGAAACGCAGCAAAAUAAAAAUAAAGGAAGACUUGUGUCUUCAAUAAAUAUAUAUAAGAAAAUGAACAAAAUUUCAAAUGAAUGAUUAGAAAAUUUACAUUCUUUCGUAUUUGAAUCAAAAUUAUUCGGACAAUAUGAAGGCUACGUGAAAGUCUCGCGAAGAUGUCUCAGGAAUGUUUCAUUUUUUCGAACGUUUUAAACUGCGAAAUUUGUUGUUUAAAUACAGAGCGCAAGUGUCUCAUUUUGCUCUUGAUUUAAUAAACGGAGAUUUUCGGGUAAUAAUGACGGCUAAUUUUCUGUCGACGAACAACCGACCCUUUUUCAUCGAGUGCGAAAAAUAAAAUUCGAGUUUGGCAAUGCGAACGAGAGCUAGCUUUAGCUAUGCUCAGAGAACUUAUACGUGUAUUAUAUAGAUAGAUGUCUAAGAAGAAAUUAUGUAUAGACUGGCGUUCGACGGUAGAAUCUAUAAAGCAUACCCGACGAUCAUCGUAUGAAUCGCAAAUCAUCGUACGAUGAUUCGUUGAUCGGUAAGCCCAACGCGGUCCGUUUAUUUUAAAAGUGACACGCAAAUCGUAUAAAUGUCACUUAAAGUUAAUACGCUUAUCUAAUAUAAAGUAUAUCUAUUUAUAAUAUCCAUUGCAGUACCUUUGUACACUACAGUAGAGAGCCAUGAGUUUGUAAGAGAAAAAAAAAAGGUAUGAAACGGAUCUUUUUAAUGCACAUCCCGAAAUAUAAUUCGCUCCACCUUUGAGAUGAGCGGCCCGCGUUGACACGCUGAGAGGAUUCUACCGGCAAAUUAGGAUUUUUUUGUAAAUAUAACGCGAGGACGCGGCCCGGCUGCCGGAAGAGGCAGCACAGGAAAACUGAUGUACGCGGGGCAUUACGUCCGACUGAUUGCGAUCUCCGCCUGUUCAUAGUGUAACAUACAAGUCGUUUAGGGUCUAAGAUAGCGCAUCCCCAUUGUAUAAUCUACGUUGGUAGAGACGGUAAAACGAAGAUAUAUAUAUAUAUAUAUAUUCUGUACAAACCCGAGUACUCCCCCCCUCUCCCUCCCACCGUUCCACCCCCGCCUUCCUUGUAUGUAUGUAUGUAUAUGUAUCGAUGUAUACGUACCUGUGCGUAUAGAAUUCAGAUACGCGGAUCCGGAUGUGCGAUCUCUCGACAAAGACGAUCGUGUCACCGAUGUCGCGACCGAUGAGAAACGCAAGACCAUUUUUUCACAGUUACCUCGUAAGCACACGUAAGCCGACGGCCUCUCCCUCUGUUACUGUCUUGAUGCAACUGAACUUUAAUAAAGUUUCUGUUCCCACGAA